CUUCGCAGGCCAACCACCGCCCCUUUGUCCCCUUAACUUGCGUACUCUUCCUUCCUUCUUCUCGUCAUCAGCACGUGAUCCAAUCUUCUUCUUCUUCGUUGUCUCAGAAUCUCUCCGGUCUCCACGUUUCAUUUCAAUCUUUCCAAUUUCCAAUCCUUUCUUGUGUUUACUUACUCGUGGUGGACUUUUCAAAUCCCAAGUCUUGCUCUUGUUCUCUCUCUCUUCACUCUUUUCCAUUCUCACCCAAACCCACUAAAAUUCAACCACUUCUUUGUUAUUUCCUUCGUCGCCGGCAUGUUCGCUGGAGAUAUUUCCCGGCAAUGUCCGUCACACAUGAUUUUGUUUACUCUUUUUGUUCUCUGCCUGGCUGGUUUGUCCCUGUCGGAUGAGCUUCAGAUGCUCAUUAAGUUCAAGUCCUCUGUUCGAACUUCAAAUGCCGAUGAUGUUUUUGGUUCCUGGACCGAAGCCAAUUCUGUCUGCAACUUCACUGGGAUUAUCUGCAAUUCCAAUGGACUCGUUUCAGAAAUCAAUCUCGCCGGAAAAAGUCUCGGAGGUACUAUUCGGUUUGAUUCACUUUGCGGGCUUCAGUCGUUACAGAAAUUAUCUCUGGGGUCGAAUUCCUUUCACGGAAGCAUCAGUGAGGACCUGAGGAAGUGCAGUAAUUUGAAGUAUUUGGAUUUGGGCGGGAAUUCUUUUUCUGGGGUAAUGCCCGAGUUCUCUAACUUGAUCAAGCUUACCUACUUGAACUUGAAUGCUAGUGGAAUUUCUGGGGUAUUUCCGUGGAAAUCAUUGGAAAAUCUAACUAGUCUUGGAUUCUUAAGCCUUGGCGAUAAUAAAUUUGAAAAAAGUCCUUUUCCUGUGGAGGUAUUGAAGCUUGAGAAAUUGUAUUGGCUUUACCUCACAAAUUGCAGCAUCACUGGGAAAAUCCCAGUGGGUAUUGGGAAUCUGACUCAGCUUGAGAAUCUUGAGCUUUCUGCUAACCUUUUGACAGGUGAAAUCCCAAGUGAUAUUGGAAAGCUUCAGAAACUGAGACAAAUUGAGCUAUACGACAACUACUUGACUGGGAAAAUCCCAAUAGGAUUUCGUGAUCUUACAAGUCUUGUGUACUUGGAUGUUUCUAAUAAUCAGCUUGAAGGUGAUAUUUCUGAGCUACGGUUCUUGACGAACUUAGCUUCUCUUCAGCUUUUUCAGAACCGAUUCUCUGGAGGAAUUCCAACUGAGUUUGGAGAUCUCAAAAGCCUCAUUGAAUUUUCUCUUUAUGCAAAUAAUUUUACUGGUCCUCUCCCUCAAAAGCUUGGAUCCCGGGCUGGCUUACAAUAUAUUGAUGUUUCUGAUAACUCUCUUUCUGGUCCUAUUCCCCCUGACAUGUGUAGGAACAACAACAUGACCGAGCUAGCUAUGUUAAACAAUAGCUUCACUGGAAGUAUACCUGAAACAUAUGUGAAUUGUUCGGCUAUGGUUCGUUUUCUUGUUAACAGAAACUCGCUUUCUGGUCGUAUUCCUUCGGGUUUAUGGGGCCUGCCAAAUAUGGAAAUAAUUGACCUUUCAAUGAACCAGUUUGAAGGUCCAGUGGCAUCUGAUAUUGCUGAAGCAAAAUCUCUUGCACAGCUAUUUUUAUCUGACAAUAAGUUCUCAGGUCAGCUACCCUCGGGAAUCUCAGAAGCUUCUUCAUUGGUAUCAAUUAAGCUGAGUUCAAAUCAAUUCUCUGGUAAAAUUCCUGAUACUAUAGGAAACUUGGAGAAAUUGGGUAGUCUUAAGUUGGACGGAAACAAUUUUUCUGGCUCUAUACCGGAAUCUUUAAGUUCUUGUAUUUCUCUUAGUGAAAUAAACAUUGCUGGUAACUCGCUUUCUGGGGAAAUCCCUACGAGUCUUGGCUCUCUGCCUACCCUCAAUUCAUUAAACUUGUCAUCCAAUAGACUUUCUGGAGAAAUUCCGUCGAGCUUGUCAUCUCUUAAACUGAGCCUUCUUGAUUUAUCAAACAACAAUUUUUUUGGUCCAGUACCAGAUUCACUCUCUAUUCCAGCAUUCAUAGAUGGGUUAAAGGGAAAUCCUGGCUUAUGCAGUGAGACUUUAGAAAAUUUUAGGCCAUGUUCAUUGGGUAGCACUGGCUCUAGUCGAAUUAGGAACAUUAUACUCUGUUUGGUUGCUGGUAUAAUGGUUCUGCUACUUUCAUUGGCAUGUAUAUUCUUCCUGAAACUCAAGCAGAACAAGUUUGAGGAGAAGCCUUUGAAGACUAAUUCCUGGGAUUUAAAGCAGUACCAUGUGAUAAACUUCAAUGAAAAUGAAGUCAUUGAAGGGAUCAAGGCUGAAAAUGUGAUUGGCAAGGGAGGAUCUGGGAAUGUUUACAAGGUUGUUCUGAAAUGUGGCAAAGAAUUGGCAGUCAAACACAUAUGGAGUUCUAAUCCAGGCGAACCAGGAAGUGGCCGAAGCAGCUCAGCGAUGCUGAAAAGAAGUUGCCGUACCCCAGAGUAUGAUGCAGAGGUGGCUGCUCUAAGCUCCAUAAGGCAUGUGAAUGUGGUGAAGCUCUACUGUAGCAUCACUAGUGAAGAUAGUAGCCUUCUUGUUUAUGAGUUCUUACCGAAUGGGAGUUUGUGGGAUAAACUGCACAAUUGCCAGAAAACUCCUAUGGCUUGGGAGGUUAGGUAUGAAAUUGCAUUGGGAGCAGCUAGAGGAUUGGAGUAUCUGCAUCAUGGGUGUGAUAGGCCAGUUAUACAUAGAGAUGUGAAAUCAAGUAACAUCUUGAUUGAUAAAGAAUGGAAGCCAAGGAUUGCUGACUUCGGGCUUGCCAAGAUUGUGCAAAGAGGAGCAGGCAAUUGGACAAAUGUUGUUGCUGGAACACUUGGAUACAUGGCUCCUGAGUAUGCCUAUUCAUGUAAGGUGACUGAGAAGAGUGAUGUGUACAGUUUUGGAGUAGUUCUAAUGGAGUUGGUGACGGGGAAGAAGCCGAAUGAAUCGGAGUUUGGAGAAAACAAGGACGUAGUCCGCUGGGUAUGCGGCAACAAGAGGACCAUAGAAGACAUGGCUGAACUAGUGGAUUCCACAAUUCCAAAGCAUUUCAAAGAUGAUGCCAUGAAGGUUCUGAGAAUUGCAACACUCUGCACUGUGAAGGUUCCAUACUCAAGACCUUCCAUGAGAAUGGUGGUUCAAAUGCUGGAAGAGGCAGCACCAUCUACUCUGACUGAUGUUGUUGUGACUAAAGAUGGCUAAACUAGUUCCACAAUAAAGGCACUGAUUAGGGGGAAAAUCAUAGUGAGGCUGCAAAGUCAAAGUGUAAAAAAAUUUGAAGUAUCUAGAGGUGAGACUGGGAUAGAGGGUUUGGCUUGUAGAUUGUACUACGUGGACAAUAAUUUUCCUUAUACGUCAGUCUUUCUGACUUUUUCUCUGCGUAAUUGGAAUGGCAGGGUGUGAAUGACACGUGUAAGUGUCUAUAGCUUUUUGAAA